ACAGUUCCAUAUGCCUUCCAUCUGUCAAUCUCACUCAACUGGUUUCUUUCUCUAUUCUCUGUUGUUUUUAUGUAAAAAGGUGAAGUGUGAAGAAAUAAGAAAAAGCAAAACGUACAAAAUUAACUCUUUUAUGGUGCAUUUUCUUCUGAUUUUUCCCCAAAUGGUCGAUUGCCCCAAAUCAAUUUAUUCCAAAAAUAAAGAUCGAAAAACUCAAACAAAGAAGUGCGUUUUAGAGUGUUGAGUGUAUUGUUGUGCGAAAGCACAAGAAAUUAGAAAAGUUCUCAAAAAAAAAAAUAAGAAGAGAACUGUCAGUGUCAAAAACACAACAGCAGCUGAACAACUGUAAAAUCCAAGUCCAAUUCACUUCCACUCAAGAUUCAACUCAUUGUCAUUCUUCGAAACAAGUGCAACAGAAAAAGAGCACAGAGAAAGAAAACGAAAAGUGAUUUGAUGGAAAAAAUAUUAUGUAGCAAUAUUUUCUUUUAUUUAAAUUAUAAAAUGAAUAAUUGACAUUCUUGGAUAAAUUAAAAUAUGAGAAAAAACAAGCUGAAUUUUUAGUGAAUUAUGUGAAUAGCAGGAAAAUAACAAAACAAGAAAAACCUGAUUUGGGAAUUCAAAAAGAGUUUUGCAGUUGGAGUUGAAACGAAAAAAGAACAUACAAUUCUAGAGUUCUAGACGACAAGGCAUUUCAUGAGGAUUUAUUCACUGGGAGCAUUAACAAAGCUGAACAUAAACUGAAGAAAAAAAAGGAGAAAGGCUAAAUACUUUUUUUUAGCUGUUCUGGUUGUUAUAGUUUUCUUCUUCAUAAUCCUAUACCUAAAAUAAUAUCACUGUCCGGGUGGUAGUGGUGGUGGUGGCGGUUGUGUUGUUGGUGGUGAAUUCUAUAUUCAGAUCUUAUCAUCAGACAUUGCAUUAUCGGUGAUUAAAAAAUCACCGUACAAACGAAUAGACAAUUACAACAAACAUGGUGAAGACAUUUCAAGCCUACCUCCCGUCGACGAAUCGAACGUAUUCCUGUGUUCACUGCCGUGCCCAUUUGGCCAGCCACGAUGAGCUUAUAUCGAAAUCAUUUCAAGGCAGCCAAGGUCCAGCAUAUCUCUUUAAUUCCGUUGUCAAUGUGGCCUGCGGUCAGACCGAGGAGCGAGUCCUUCUCACUGGACUGCAUGCUGUGGCCGACAUCUACUGUGAGUGUUGUAAAACACCACUUGGCUGGAAGUACGAACACGCUUUCGAGUCUAGCCAAAAGUACAAAGAAGGCAAAUACAUAAUAGAAUUAGCUCACAUGAUCAAGGAGAAUGGAUGGGAUUGAUUUGACCGACCGACCGACCGGGCGGACGAAUGUACAAAGUAUAUAUUUUUUUAAAAAUCGAAAUUAAAAAUAUUGUAAAUUUGUAACUCUCUUUCGGACCAAAAACAAAAACCAAAAUUACAAAAUCGAGAGAUGACGAUUUCUUUGCGAAUGGAGCAAAUUCCAAGGCUUGCAAAAUAAAUAAAAAACAGCUUGUUUGACAUAUUGAGGAGCUAAAACCACCAAUAAAACAAAAACAACAACAACAUUACCAUCAUAUUCAUACAAAUAAGAACACAAACACUGUAGAUUCCUUAUCGGCGCAUUUGCACAUACAAAAACCAAAGUUAAUCGACGACGACGUUUUGUCUUAUUUUGGGCUUGUACCUCUUCCUUAACCGUUUUUAUCUGUCCAAUUUAUCAAUAUCUCUAUGUCAAGCGCGUUGAUAACAAACAAAAUUAUUGUAAUACAUCGAUUAAGCUUUUAAUUUAUGACUAGCUAGCAAGAUGGCGCUUAAUUUAAACAAAUAAAUUGUAUUAAAAAUAAUUUAGAUUUAUCAAAAUCCUUGGAGAAAUAUAAGAGAAUUUAUAGAGACUGGAAUGGAAUUGAGGAUUUAAAAAAAAGAAGAAGAGAGUUGUCAAAAGGAAGAAAGAGAGGAAGAGGAGAGAACAGAAUCGAAGUCGAGGAACGAGGAACGAAAAAGUGGGAAAUAAAGGAUUUAUUUAUCAUUAACAUAAACAAAUACCAUUAUCUUUAGCUACUAAUAACCAUAAAACUGCCACUGAGCAUGUGAUGUUCUUUUAAAAAUUAAUCGACAAAAGAACACAUGGAUAAAUAAUUAAAAUUAUUAAAUAAGCAAACGGGAGAGCUAAAAGAGCGAACAUCAUUGCCAUUCUUUUGUACAUAAAACAAAAAAAUAAACAACUGCAUUACAUUGCAAAUUUAUUUCUCUAGACCCCCUAGAGAACGCAUUAAUGUGAUAUUUCAAAAAAGAAAACAUAAAACAAAAAGAAAACUAUUUAGAUAACCAAAAAGCACUUUCGCUAAAAGUGCUGCGCGCGGGAUUACAUUUUCUCUCUUUUAAUUUUUGUAAUUGAUUUAAGAGCGCAAAACUUUUAAUUUAUUAAAAUGCAAAUCGAAAUUGCUUAGAUAUGUUCAUUUAUUGUUUCUUAAGUUAAUAAUUUAUAAAAUGUAAAUUUUAACAAUGGAAACUGAUUUUGAAAAAAAAUAUCAAGUUUAAAAAAUGGCGUUAGAAGAGAUAAAAGCCGAAAGCUCUGAAAAAUGAAGAGAGCAAGAAAGAGAGAAAAGUUAAAAAGAGCGCUUUGAUAAGAAAAAUAAAGAAAUGAUUAAAAAAAACAUCAAAAUUAAUAAACAAAACACAAAACAUUUACAUUGCAUUAAAACAAAACAAAACAAAAAAUCAACUUGACCACCAAAACUUAGAAAACAAAAUACCGAACACGUUACAAAUAUAAACUACAAUAGAUCCUCUUAUUUUACUUCUAUUUAAAAAACAAAAUAAAUCAAAUAGUAUAUUUUACUUACUCUUACUGUGCAUAAAUAAAUUUAAACAAAAUAUUCAAUAACUAUCAAAUUUAAGAUAAAUAAAUAAAGAAAUAGUUGUAAACAAAAAAAAAUAAAUAUCCUUUUAGUAUUUUUGAAUUUUUGAAUCUACAAAAUCAGUAAAAUGAGAUUUAAAUCAUGAAAAGAAAAUAGAGAAAAAAACACUACUGGCAGCAGAGAGGAAGCGCAAGCUUAACAAACAUUAAAAUGAGUAUUUUUAUCAAAAAAAAGAUCUUUUAAGCUAUUUAUAUUUACAUUUAAAUAAAAAUAUUCAUUAUGGGUAAUAUUAACUAAUAUACAUAAAUAAAUAAAUUAUUAAUUAUAUAACAACAACAAUGAUCCCAGCAUGUAAACACUUGUGUAAUUGUUUAUUUUUAAAUAUUUAAAACAAAAGUGUAAAACGAUAAAAGAAAGACAAACACGAAUGGGUUAACACACCAUGGAGAAUGUAUUAUUUUGUUAUUAAAAUUUUUGCUGUAAGAAUAAUAUACACGUAAUAAUG